AUGGACAGUCCCGGAUGUUUCAACGAUUACGUGGAGAUAAUUGAUGGAGAUCUAAGUCUUGGUCGCUUCUGUGGAGAAAAUCCGGCUCUAGUGCCAAUUCUAAGCAGCUCAAACAGACUUGUUUUUAAAUUUGUAUCAGAUGAAAAAAAUGAAGCCAGGGGAUUUGCUCUCACGUACAAGUUUCUGUGGGGAGUACCAAAUGUGAUCAAAUGCGACUUCGAGGGACAGGAUCUCUGCCGUGGCUGGAUACAAGACCAUUUUGACGAACUCGACUGGAAGAUGCGAUCAGGGCCGACGUCAUCGCCGAAUACGGGACCUCAAGAAGGCGUCGAUAAUUCUAGUUAUGCUUAUAUGGAAGCUUCAGCUCCGGCGACAUAUGGCGACUCAGCGCAACUGAUAAGCGCGUUCAUGUUCAUGGUUCCUGGAGAGCUCUACUGCCUUCGUUUCCAUUAUCACAUGUUUGGAAGAGAAAUCGGAACAUUACAAGUCUACGCGACAGAAAGAGGCUUCAACGUCGGGAAAAGACUGAUUUGGAGUCGAACUGGGAAUCAGGGCGAUCAGUGGAAAAUCGCAACAGUACCAAUAACAGUUGUCAUGCCCAAUUACAACCAGGUUCUUUUCAAAGCGAUCCGAGGAGGGAGUUACGAGGGCGAUAUCGGCUUAGAUAAUGUUCAUGUUCGGAAGGGAAGAUGCGAAAUUGGCGAAAAUGUUUCUUUUUGGGAAGAAGAAGAGGAAAUUUCAGCAGAUGCUUUAUCAGAAUCAAUCCAAACCGAGUCUGAAGACGACAAAGAUCAGAAUUCAGAACAAGAGGCAGAUGAUAAUAAGUAG